UAAAUAAAUAAAUAAAUAAAUAAUAAAAUGCGUGUUUCCCCCCGGAUUGACGGGCAGAUUUCAUGAUCACGUGACACUAGCCGGUCUCUGACCUACAGUAACUCCAACCCCUUUUGUAUUUUGUGUAGUGCUAGUUGAUUCAGAAAGAGGACCGGGAAAUAACUUGAAACCUUAUUGACAUUGUAUUAUUAAACACACGUUUAUUUGACACUACACACACAUUGUGAAAUUGUAAAUAGUCGCCAGGGAAACCCAAGACGAGUAAGACACCAUGGCAGAGUCAGACAGGUCACCGCUGAAGCGCUUUGUGGUGGCUAAGAAAAAAAUCUCCACUAUCUUUGAACAGCUUUUGGAAUACAUCAGUGAAGGAGCAGAUUUUGUAGAAGGAACAUAUAGGAAUACAGAGCUUGAGCAGAUAGCCACAGAGCAGCAAGCGUUGGUGAUACGUGAAUAUACAAAGAAACUGGCAGUGAUCAGUGAAGUUCUGGCACGAAACCACAUGAAAGUGGCGUUUUUUGGCAGGACUAGUAAUGGUAAGAGUUCAGUUGUCAACGCCAUGCUGUGGGAUAGGGUGCUGCCCAGUGGGAUUGGACACACCACAAACUGCUUCCUCAGCGUGGAGGGGACAGAUGGUGACAAGGCCUACCUCAUGACGGAAGGGUCAGACGAGAAGAAAAGUGUAAAGACAGUAAACCAGCUUGCCCAUGCACUCCAUAUGGAUGAAGACCUAGAUGCUGGCUGCCUAGUGAGGGUUUUCUGGCCCAAGACUAAGUGUGCUCUCCUGAGGGAUGACCUGGUGCUAGUGGACAGUCCUGGAACUGAUGUUACAACUGAGCUGGAUAGCUGGAUUGAUAAGUUCUGUCAGGAUGCGGAUGUCUUUGUGCUGGUAGCUAACUCUGAAUCCACUCUGAUGAAUACUGAGAAGCAUUUUUUCCACAAAGUAAAUGAACGUCUUUCAAAGCCAAAUAUCUUUAUUUUGAACAAUCGUUGGGAUGCAUCUGCCUCGGAACCCGAAUACAUGGAGGAUGUGCGCAAGCAGCACACAGACCGCUGUAUCAGUUUUCUUGUGGACGAGCUCAAAGUGGUGGAACGUGAACAGGCCCUGGAUCGGAUCUUCUUUGUGUCCGCUAAGGAAGUGCUGAAUGCCAGGAUGCAAAGAGCUCAGGGAAUGCCAGAAGCAGGUGGUGCAUUAACUGAAGGAUUUGAGGCAAGAUUACAAGAGUUCCAGUGUUUUGAGAGAACCUUUGAGGAGUGUAUCUCGCAGUCAGCAGUGAAAACAAAGUUUGAGCAGCACACAAUCAGAGCUAAACAGAUCACUGAGACAGUGAAAAGAAUCAUGGAUGACCUCAAUAUCCAAGCAGCUGAUAAAAGGAUCAAUUCGCUGAAGGAGAGAGAUGACAAGAUGGAUCAGUCAGACUAUGUACGCUCUCAGCUUGGUCUACUGACUGAGGACAUUAAGGGGAAAAUCAUGGCUGUUACUAAAGAAGUAGAACAAAAGGUUUCCAAUGCGAUGACAGAUGAGAUUUGCCGCCUUUCUGGGCUGGUUGAUGAAUUCUAUUUAGAUUUUCAUCCCUCACCACAAGUGCUGGAACGGUACAAAAAUGCACUGCACAAGCACAUAGAGGAAGGCAUGGGGAGAAACUUGGCUGACCGCUGCUCCAAUGCAAUUAAUGCAUCUGUUCAAAAUUCCCAACGAAACAUGAUAGAAAACUUGAAGCCUCUGCUGCCCUCUAGUGUCCAGUGUCAACUGCACAUGCUGAUCCCAUGCAGGAAGUUUGACCUGAGCUAUGAUCUAAACUUCUCCACACUCUGCACUGAUUUCCAAGAGAACAUUGAAUUCCGGUUCUCCCUCGGCUGGACUUCAUUAGUAAACCGCUUCUUGGGUCCGAAGAAUGCACAUCGAGCCCUGCUGUUGAUGGAGUCAAGUACACAGAUUCCUCGGCCUUUAGCAACAAGCUCUUCUGCACCCAACAUUCAUGCCUUAACUCAGGAAAACUUGUCCAAGGAAGACCUUAUGUUUUCCAUAGGGACGGGCUUGGCCUCUCUCACGUCAAAGUCAUCCAUGACUGUAGUCAUUGUCGCUGGUGUGGUCUGGAGGACGAUAGGCUGGAGACUGAUUGCUGCUUCCUUCAGUUUGUAUGGGCUUUUGUAUCUGUAUGAAAAGCUAACAUGGACAACCAGAGCCAAGGAGAGGGCAUUUAAACAGCAGUUUGUAGACUAUGCAACAAAAAAACUCCAGAUGGUAGUUCGCUUUACCAGUGCAAACUGUAGUCACCAAGUUCAACAGGAGAUGACGACUACCUUUGCACGGCUGUGCCAACAAGUGGACCUCACUCAGAAAAACCUGUCUGAAGAAAUCAAUAGGCUCACUAUGAAGAUCGAUCAGCUGGAUGAAGUUCAACGUCAUUCCAAGACUCUUAGACAUAAAGCGACCGGACUUGAGACAGAACUGGACAGUUUUAUAAAACAAUAUUUGCAGCCACAGCAGUGAAGAUUUUCUGCCUUCACUGAACAUCUUAUUUAUUCUGCAAAACCUUUAUUCAGCGAGCCAAAGAUGCAGGGUUAUAUCUAGGGCACUAUUACAAUAUUCAAAAUAAUGAUUCACUUCAUAAUUAUUUUUAAAUAAGAUCUAUACAUUUUGAUGAAUACCUUUAAUAAUUUCUUAAUUUGUAUCCGUUUAAAUAUAAAAUGUUUUGUGUUCCUCCAUUUUCAGAAGUUGUUACUUUUAAGAAAAUGGUCACCUCUUUUCCUAUGACUUUUUACAGUAGUUACAACUUUAUCAAGAAUUCCAAGUGUUUUGUUCACUUAAAGUAUGACGCUUAAGUAAUAAUUUAAGUGAUAUUGUGAAGCCAUGAAGGAUGGGAAAUCGCUGCCUCGUUUAUUUUUUUCCCUUAGCUGAAUAUAGAUUUAAUGUGUCACAUAAUACAGGGAGAUGGAUUAUUAUAUGGAUUCUUAGUUCUAGUAAGAUCUCUACUUCCUGCACGGUCAACAUUUUCUUUUUGAUUUUAUCUUAAACAUUUUUACCUUUAAAAUAGAAAAGCUUAAUAAAAUGUCCAGUUACCUAAUUUAAACUGAAAGUUUUUCAAAUUCAAUCAGUUAAAACAGGUGUAAGUGAAGGUUUUGUAUAAGAAAAAAUAAAUAAUUAUUGAAGAUGAAUUGUGAAGACUAGUUGGUAAUUACACAACCUGGGUUUUGUGAUUUAGACUGCAGUGUGGAGAGUGGAUAAUAAUACUGAGAGACAUUUGUCCCCAGUAUUUGUAUAUAAACAUUUGAUCAAAAUAACAAUGUUCACAUUUGUUAUUUACUGUUUUGUACAGAUUUGACUUUGGGAGUUCAUUCUAAUGUCAUAUAGUUGAAAAGUUGUGUUUUUUUUUUUUUUUUUUUUUUUUUUUUGUUCCCACUUCAGUAUUUUCUUGCCAUUCAUCUACUUAUGAGUGUUUGGGAGCAUAAGGAUUACUCUGAAUUUCAGAUUCUUUAUUCCUGUACAAUAAACUUUGAUAACUUCUGUAAUAAAGAAAAGUGUGUAUAUCAGAACCACAUUAAUUUCCAAGAAGCAGUUUUAAUAAAUGUAUUCACAUGUGUAUCUUUUUGUAAAUCACAAGGUUAGAAAAGCUCUGGUGAGACAAAUGAUUUUAUUUGGAAGAGUGUAGACUUGUAGUCUCACCACAGCAAAUACACUGAACACAACAGCCUUGGUUAAAAGCUUUUUUUUUUCCUUUUUUUUUUAUUGGUUACAAUAUCAAUUCAUGGCAACAUAUCAGUUUCACCGAGCCACUGUACAAAUACAAAGAAAAAAAUAUCUGGUGUGAAAAGACAGACUAUUAACAAAAAGUUCUCAUAGCAAGUGAUUAUAAUAAAUUUCACACAAUAGCACUGCAAGAGAAAACACAUGGCACAAAGUCCCUGGUUUUGACUGGCUCAAGAACUUAAAAAACAAACUUAAGACAUUUUGUUGGAAUACAUAGAGAGAGCCAAAAGGCAGUGCAUUGCUACUAAAUCAGUAACUGUUGUGGUAACAGAACAGGAAUAAUGGAAAGCUGAGCCGGGACAUUGAGGAGCUCCCUCAAAGUGUUUCCAUAGCACUCCAAAAUGUCCUCUUCCUCAUGGUACAAGCUAGAUUUUCCCAAUACUUAGACACCAAAAUCAGGGAUACAAAACAGUGAGGCAAGUGACACCACCUUUUGUCUAAGGAAGGAAGCCUUUGUUUUGAAUACAAAAGUAGCAUUGUAAAUAUUACCCAUGGUGGCAUAUUAUUCCUCCUAAACAGAAUAUAUGAUCAUGGAUAACAUGUACAAUCUGGAGAAAGUGGGGCGAUGAGAUGGUAAUUAAAAUGGUGGAAUAAUGUUGCUUUUCAAAUUUUGAGAGCCUAAGUCCCAGCUCCAACAAAAAGCUCUGUGUACUGUACAGGCACAUUUAAUGUGAUAUCUUUAAUGUUAACUGUUAAUACUGUUGCAUUUUUACACAGAACACUGCAGCAAUUGCCUGCCUGUUAUUUUUACAAUACAAGACACAUCCCUUUUCUAGAAAGAUCACGGCAUUUCCAUAGUGGCUCAUUUUCAGGGAGAAAACUUUUAAAAGCAUCUACAGAGUUUGCUUUUUUUGACACAGGAAGAUACUUAAACAGGUAUUGUAUUAGGAAUAAAACAUUGCAAAGCCUCAUUGUUUGUGAUUAUUAGGGUUAUUGUCAUCUCUGAGUAAAGAAAAAAAAAAUCUUUGAAAACUGCAAAGAUGCUGAUUUAUGCAACAAGGUAUGGGAUCUAGUUAUUUGUAAAACAAGGUCAACCGAGUUAAAGGCUAAGUUUGCAUGUACAUUUUUUUUUUUUUU